UUGCAUAGUAGAGUUGGAUAGAGAAUAACAGAGAGUACAGUUAGAAGAGACACGUCGCAAUGACACCGUCAAAUUUCCAGAGGUUCACACUUCAAUGCGUUCAUUGAAUAAUCCUUUCCUGUGAAUAAAACCACCGCAUUCCCCCCCUCUUCUUUGCUUUCCAAUUUCCCAAUUUGUAUGCUUUGCCCAGAAACAUUCUUCUUUCUAUUUACAGCAAUAAUGGCGUCUGCAUAUUGGUUUAUCCGCCGCUGAUUCUCUUCAAUUCAGAGCUGACACGAACGCGUUCUAUGACCUCAGUUCACGAUUCGAAUUGCUAUCAACCUGCAGACGACGCCGUUUUCUCCUCCUUCAACCCUCAAUCAUGGUGAGAGGAAGCCAGGAUCCAUCUUCAGGCCGUUGCCUUAUCGUGGGUAAUUACUGUCAUGAUGUUCUGAUCAAAGACGACGUCGUAAUUGCCGAGUCUCUAGGCGGCGCCGCCUCUUUUAUUUCCUCCGUUCUCGAUGGCUUUUCUGUCUCGUCCAUCUAUGUCUCCAAGGUGGGCCCCGAUUUUGGCUACUGUAUGAAUCACCGUCCCAUUGUAUCUUCUUCUUCUUCCCAAACUACCCUCUUCCACGCCCAUUUCUCGUCCGAAAUCAAGCACCAGGAUCGGGUCCUCAAACGGGUCACGGCGUGUGACCCGAUCUACCCAUCGGAUCUCCCCGACUCAGAGUUCGAAUUCGGGCUCGCCGUCGGUGUUGGCGGAGAGAUUUUGCCGGAAACCCUGGGGCGAAUGGUUGAGAUAUGCAAGACGGUGUUUGUGGAUAUCCAAGCGCUGAUUCGAGUCUUUGACCCGAUCGACGGAACCGUGGGUCUCGUUGAAUUGAAGAAAACCGGGUUCUUCCAUUUACUACCGCGGAUUGGGUUUCUGAAGGCGUCGUCUGAGGAGGCGCCUUACGUGGAUAUAAUGGAGGCAACGAAAUGGUGCUGCGUGGUGGUGACGAAUGGGAAGGAGGGUUGCACGGUGUACAGGAAGGACAGAAAGCUGCAGAUUGCCCCUUUUCCGACGACUCAAGUCGAUCCCACCGGAGCCGGAGAUAGUUUUCUUGGUGGGUUAGUAGCUGGGCUUGUUCAUGGAUUAUCUGUGCCCGAAGCCGCAUUGUUGGGAAACCUCUUCGGGUCGCUCACAGUUGGCCAAAUCGGGCUCUCCAAGUUCGAUUCGUGGCAGUUACAGAGAGUGAAGGAUGAAAUACUGAGGAGAAGGUUACAGAGUUUUGGGUGCCAAGAAAAGCAGGCUGAAGACCCGAAUAUAAUGAAGACAGCAGAUCUCGAGAUGUUCCACACAGCUCUUAGUGCAGCCAAAUCAGUACCAGCAUACUCUCUUCAGGAAUGUAAACGGGACUUGCCUAAUUCUCCUAGAGCAAAAUGCAGUGAACAGCAAAGAUAUUUAGUUCAUUCUGUCUGUGAAGAACCGCUUAAAUCUGUCGAAAAUAAACAGUGACUGGAGGAUACGUAUUUCCGCCAGUUGAAUUUUUAUUUUAAAUAAAGAGAUUUUUGGGCAUGAA